GUGCGGCCGUUCGCAAAUAGGAACUAGCGGCUACCCUGACGGGUUGGGCCUGUGCUGGGCCGUGCUUCUCCCUCAGCAUCUGGAGAGUCAUUGAGCGCACAUCCCUGGCUAAAGCAUGGGAGAGCAACUUGGCAGCUUUGCGUUAUAGACAGUGUGUGCACCGCACCAACUGCGCGGCAUUAAUGAGUUGGACCCCAGGACUGAUGCUUGCCCAUUAGUUGCAAACAAAUAUCAUGGUGUCAGAAUGCAUUUCAUGUGUUAUUGGAGAAUCUUCACACUGAGACGAAAACAACAAGUAGGCAAAUUACAAUGAUUUAAGUCACUGGAUUUAUGAGAGCCCUGCAUUUUGCAGACCCUCAGCAUGGCAGGCCUUCAGCUCAUGACUCCGGCCUCCUCUCCAAUGGGUCCCUUCUUUGGGCUACCCUGGCAACAGGAGGCUAUUCAUGACAACAUUUAUACCCCACGGAAAUAUCAGGUGGAACUACUCGAAGCAGCAUUGGAUCAUAAUACUAUAGUAUGUUUGAAUUCUGGCUCAGGGAAGACAUUUAUUGCAGUACUACUCAGUAAAGAGCUGUCAUACCAGAUCCGUGGGGACUUCAGCAAAAAUACUAAGAGGACUGUGUUUUUGGUCAAUUCCGAGAAACAGGUUUCUCAACAAGUGUCUGCUGUCAGGACCCAUACAGACCUCAAGGUGGGAGAAUAUUCAGAUCAAGAAAAAACACAAUGCUGGGCAAAAGAAAGAUGGUACCUAGAAUUUGAAACUCAUCAGGUCUUGGUCAUGACCUGCCACAUCUUCCUGAACGUUCUGAAAAGUGGGAACGUGUCAUUGUCAAACAUUAAUCUGUUAGUGUUUGAUGAAUGUCAUCUUGCAAUUCAGGAUCACCCAUAUCGAGAAAUCAUGAAGAUAUGUGAGAGUUGCCAGCCAUGCCCUCGAAUCCUGGGUCUAACUGCUUCAAUUUUAAAUGGAAAAUGUGACCCUCGUGACCUAGAGGAAAAGAUCCAGAAACUGGAGGAAAUAUUAAGGAGUAAUGCAGAAACUGCAACUGAUUUGGUUGUUUUAGACAGGUAUGCUUCCCAACCAUGUGAAAUUGUAUUGGACUGUGGGCCAUAUAUUGACAAAAGUGGACUUUAUCAAAGACUUCUAAAUGAAUUGGAUGAAGCCCUUAACUUUCUCAUUGACUGUAAUAUUUCUACACAUUCUAAAGAGAGAGAUUCCACAUUAAUUUCAAAACAGAUUCUAUCAGACUGUCAAACUGUUCUUUUGGUCUUGGGACCAUGGUGUGCUGAUAAAGUUGCGGGGAUGAUGGUGAGAGAGCUGCAGAAGUAUAUCAAACAUGAGCAGGAGGAACUGCACAGAAAAUUCCUUUUGUUUACAGACACUAUCUUAAGGAAGAUCCAUGCUCUUUGUGAGGAACACUUCUCGCCAGCCUCUCUUGAUAUGAAGUUUGUCACACCUAAAGUUAUAAAACUGCUGGAAAUUUUACGCAAAUACAAACCCUACGAACGCCAGCAAUUUGAAAGUGUUGAAUGGUAUAACAAUAGAAACCAGGAUAAUUAUGUGUCUUGGAGUGAUUCAGAGGAUGAUGACGAUGAAGAUGAAGAAAUUGAGGAGAAAGAGAAAACUGAAACAAGCUUUCCAUCCCCAUUCACAAACAUCCUGUGUGGCAUCAUCUUCGUGGAACGAAGAUACACAGCAGUAGUAUUAAACAGGUUGAUUAAAGAAGCCGGGAAGCAAGAUCCAGAGCUGGCCUAUAUCAGUAGUAACUUUAUUACUGGGCACGGCAUAGGAAAGAACCAGCCACGCAAUAAGCAGAUGGAAGUUGAGUUUAGAAAGCAAGAAGAGGUGCUUCGUAAAUUUCGUGCACACGAAACCAACUUAUUGAUAGCUACUAGCAUUGUUGAGGAAGGAGUGGACAUACCAAAAUGCAACUUGGUAGUUCGAUUUGAUUUACCUUCAGAGUACAGAUCCUAUGUACAGUCCAAAGGCAGAGCAAGAGCACCAAUCUCAAAUUACAUCAUGCUAGCCGAUAGUGAUAAAAUUAAGGCAUUUGAAGAGGACCUUAAAACAUACAAAGCAAUUGAAAAGAUUCUGCGGAACAAAUGCUCAAAGUCCAUUGAUUGUGGAAAUACAGAAUCUGAGCCCAUUGUGGACGAUGAUGAAAUAUUUCCACCAUAUGUGUUGAGACAGGAUGAUGGCAGCCCACGAGUUACUAUCAACACCGCUAUUGGACACAUUAACAGGUACUGUGCUAGGCUACCUAGUGACCCAUUUACUCAUCUUGCUCCUAAGUGCAAAACACGAGAGUUCCCUGAUGGACUUUAUCGCUCAACACUCUACCUGCCAAUUAAUUCUCCACUUAGAGCCCCCAUUGUUGGCCCUCCGAUGAAUUGUGGAAGGCUAGCUGAUAGAGCUGUAGCUCUUAUAUGCUGUAAAAAACUACAUGAAAUUGGUGAACUGGAUGAUCAUUUAAUGCCAGUUGGCAAGGAAACUGUAAAAUAUGAGGAGGAGCUUGAUUUGCAUGAUGAGGAAGAAACCAGUGUUCCAGGCAGACCAGGAUCCACAAAAAGAAGGCAGUGUUAUCCAAAAGCUAUUCCUGAAUGUUUACGGAACAGCUACCCCAAGCCUGGUCAGCCUUGUUACUUAUAUGUAAUAGGAAUGGUAUUAACCACUCCUCUACCAGAUGAACUUAAUUUUAGGCGACGGAAGCUGUAUCCCCCUGAAGACACAACAAGAUGCUUUGGAAUACUAACUGCCAAACCCAUACCUCAGAUUCCUCACUUUCCUGUCUAUACUCGUUCGGGAGAGGUGACCAUAUCAAUUGAACUAAAGAAGUCUGGUUUUACAUUAAACUUAGAACAACUUGAGCUCAUUACUAGACUCCACCAGUACAUUUUUUCACACAUUCUUCGUCUUGAGAAACCUGCACUAGAAUUUAAACCCACAGUAGCCGAUUGUGCCUACUGUGUUCUACCUCUUAACGUUGUAAAUGAUUCUGGCACUUUGGACAUUGACUUCAAAUUUGUAGAAGAUAUUGAGAAAUCAGAAGCACGUACUGGUAUACCUAAUACACAGUAUUCAGCUGAAAGUCCUUUUAUUUUCAAAUUAGAAGACUACCAGGAUGCUGUUAUCAUUCCAAGAUAUCGAAAUUUUGAUCAGCCGCACAGAUUUUAUGUAGCUGAUGUAUACACUGAUCUUACACCGCUCAGCAAGUUCCCUUCCCCUGAAUAUGAAACCUUUGCUGAAUAUUACAAAACAAAGUAUAACCUCGAUCUCACAAACCUCAAUCAGCCACUUUUGGAUGUGGACCACACAUCAUCAAGACUUAAUUUGCUGACUCCUCGCCAUCUGAAUCAGAAAGGUAAAGCUCUGCCAUUAAGCAGUGCUGAAAAGAGAAAAGCCAAAUGGGAGAGUUUACAAAACAAACAGAUCCUGGUUCCAGAGCUUUGUGCUAUACAUCCAGUCCCAGCAUCCUUAUGGAGAAAAGCUGUUUGUUUGCCAAGCAUACUUUAUCGAUUACAUUGCCUCCUUACAGCAGAAGAGCUGAGAGCGCAAACAGCUAUUGAUGCUGGGGUAGGAGUCAAAUCGCUUCCUGAUGAUUUCCGAUACCCAAACUUGGAUUUUGGAUGGAAACGAUCUAUAGACAGUAAAACAUUCAUCUCUAAUCAAAGUUCCUCAUCAGUCGAGAGUGAAAGUGACUGCAGACUCAAUAAAACCACGGCCCCUGACAGUGCUGCAAGCUCAGCUGCUAAUUCUGUAAUCUACAUGCAAAUCAAUGACCAAAUGUCUGUGAACUGCACACCACCAUGUCAAAAAUCUCUGAGUCACCUCCAAACAGUUUGCUUCUCAGAUGAUUACAAAGCAAUUAACGGUAUUUCUUGCAAUGGUCUUACCAAUGGUGAUUGGGAAGCAGAAAGCGCUGCAUGUUUCCAAAAGGACGAACGGAUAACCUGCAAACAGGAAAUACCUGAAAAAUCUACCUCGUUUCACGUUCAGAAUUUACCUAAGGAGAACCAGCCCAUACUUAAAGAAUGUACUCUGAGCAACUCUGAUGGAAAUGUCAGCAAACCUACCUCAGAUGAGUGCCCUAGCACCUGUACUUCAGACAUGCAUUAUGAUAGUGGGCUUUCCAAUAGGCACUCUUCAAAAACUCUUGGCCCAAACCCUGGUCUUAUCCUUCAGGCCUUGACUCUGUCCAAUGCAAGUGAUGGUUUCAAUCUGGAGCGUCUUGAAAUGCUUGGGGACUCUUUCUUAAAACAUGCUAUCACCACAUAUCUGUUCUGCACAUACCCAGAUGCUCACGAGGGCCGUCUAUCCUAUAUGCGCAGCAAGAAGGUCAGUAACUGUAACCUUUAUCGGCUUGGAAAAAAGAAAGGCUCACCCAGCCGGAUGGUGGUGUCCAUUUUCGAUCCACCUGUCAACUGGCUUCCCCCUGGUUAUAUUGUUAACCAGGACAAAAACUCUGAUAAGUGGGAAAGUAAUGAAACGUCUGGUGAGGAUGUGAUGGUUAAUGGCAAAAUUGAUGAAGACUUUGAUGAUGAAGAAGAUGAAGAUCUUAUGUGGAGGAAUCCCAAAGAGGAAACUGAUUUUGAUGAUGACUUUUUGGAAUAUGAUCAAGAGCAUAUAAAAUUCAUUGACAGCAUGUUAAUGGGAUCUGGGGCAUUUGUGAAGAAAAUUCCUCUUUCUUCAUUUGCACCCCCUGAUCAGAACUAUGAAUGGAGGGCGCCAAAGAAACCUCCACUGGAAAGUUCUCAAUUUCCCUGCGAUUUUGAUGAUUUUGAUUACAGUUCUUGGGAUGCCAUGUGUUAUUUGGAUCCCAGCAAGGCUGUAGAGGAGGAUGACUUUGUAGUAGGCUUUUGGAAUCCAUCAGAAGAGAACUGUGGAGCUGAUGCUGGAAAGCAGUCUAUAUCUUAUGACCUACACACAGAGCAGUGUAUUGCAGACAAAAGUAUAGCUGACUGUGUAGAGGCUUUAUUAGGCUGCUAUCUGACCAGUUGUGGUGAGAGAGCUGCACAACUUUUUCUUUGUUCUUUGGGCUUAAAAGUGCUCCCAGAAGUAAGAAAGCUUGUUACAAACACAAAUGUCAUUAGUGCAUCAUCAUCUUACCAGAACAGUACCAGAGACAACUGCACUCUUACUGCCAGAACCAACACUGAUCUGUCCUCCUGCAAAGGCAUAGACUACGGUUAUUUAAAGAUUCCCCCAAGGUGUAUGUUUGAGCACCCAGAUGCUGAGAAAACCCUUGACCAUCUAAUAUCUGGUUUUGAAAACUUUGAGAAGAAAAUAAACUAUCCAUUUAAAAACAAGGCUUACCUUCUACAGGCUUUUACACAUGCCUCUUACCACUACAAUACUAUAACUGACUGCUACCAGCGUUUAGAAUUUCUUGGAGAUGCAAUUUUGGACUACCUCAUUACUAAGCACCUUUAUGAAGAUCCACGCCAGCACUCGCCAGGAGUCCUCACUGACCUGCGCUCUGCUCUUGUGAAUAACACCAUAUUUGCAUCACUAGCUGUGAAAUAUGACUACCAUAAAUACUUCAAGGCUAUCUCUCCUGAACUGUUCCAUGUAAUUGAUGAUUUUGUGCAAUUUCAACUUGAAAAAAAUGAAAUGCAAGGCAUGGAUUCUGAGUUACGUAGGUCUGAAGAAGACGAAGAGAAAGAAGAGGACAUUGAAGUCCCAAAAGCUAUGGGAGACAUAUUUGAGUCACUUGCAGGAGCUAUUUACAUGGACAGCGGCAUGUCUUUGGAAACUGUAUGGCAUGUGUAUUAUCCUAUGAUGCAGCCAUUAAUAGAAAAAUUCUCUGCUAAUGUUCCUCGUUCCCCAGUGAGAGAAUUACUGGAAAUGGAGCCUGAAACUGCUAAAUUCAGUCCAGCCGAAAGAACAUACGAUGGAAAAGUCAGAGUGACUGUGGAAGUUGUUGGAAAAGGAAAAUUUAAAGGAGUCGGAAGAAGUUACAGAAUUGCCAAAUCUGCAGCAGCCAGGAGAGCACUAAGAAGCCUCAAAGCAAAUCAAUCUCAGGUCCCUAACAGCUGAGUAUUCCUGCUCUUCACUGCCGGAAGGGAAUUCAUCCCAAAUCCUCCAGAAAGGCAACAGUUCAGAUCAUACUUAUGACACUUUUAAAAUGGAAUUUUGUUAAGAGGAACAAAAAUACAUGAAACACCGUUAAUGAUGAUCAGGCACCUAAUAGACAACUGAAAGGAUGUGCAUUUGGAAGACAAGUCGUAGCCCCCUUCCUCCUGCAGGGCACUGUGGGGGGGAAAAGCAUUUUGUGUUCUGCGCAAACACAAUCUUGUCUUCUUUUCUCACUUUUGCUUUGUUUAAUCACAAGAGUGCUUUACGUCUUUCCCAUUCCUUACUAAGGUCUGCUCUUUUGGGGGGUUUAAGCGCAUAAGGGUUGAACUUGUGCCUCAAAAUACAUGAAUGAAAGUACGUGUGUGGGUAUGUAUAUAUGUAUGUGUAAAAUAUAUAUAUGCAUUAUAUUAUGCACACACACACACACACACACACAUGUAUGCGUCUACAUACAUACCAUUUUCGCACACACAAAUAUAUAAACAGAUGUAUUCUCAGCAGAUACAGAUAUGUAUUUUUCAUUCAUUGUUUUGGAAAUCUCUUUUUAUAAGCUGUACUGGAUAAUCUGGCUAGAGGCAGUACCUCUGCCAUUUUUCCUCCCUGUACACCAUUCAGAAAUGAUGGUAUUAAUAAGCAGCAUUGCACUUAAUUGAGACAGCAUUGUGUGAAGUUGAAUGAGUGACUGUAAAUUUAUUGCAUAAAUAAGGUUUUAGGUGACAAAAUGGGUUAGAGAAUUUUGUUUUUUAUGCCACAAAUAUCUAAUUAUGAGAUUUGGUUAUUUCAUUAGGCUGUCCCUUAAUUCUGUGAGCUUUCAGAUACUGACAGACUCAGCAGAAGGUUCUACAUUUGGAACUGAACCCCUUUAAGUGUUUGAGGGUAAACAUCAUUGAGCUUUGUUGUUCCCCUUGCCAGCACUGAAGAAAAUACUGCUGUAUAAUGACUGAAAUCAUUUUAAUAGAAGGCAAUAGUGGAAAAAUCAACUCUGGAUUUAUUUUAACUUCUAUUCUAAAACUGUAUGGAAAGGAUUCCCAAAGGACAAGCCGAUACUGAUGUGAAUUUUGUGGGUUAUUGAGGUUGUGUAGUUUUGUCUUUUUCAAUGCAAGCUGUCAAUAUAUCAAUGAAAUCUUUAGACAUAUCACACUUUAAAAUAUGCUGCAGAUUUUCUAAUAGUUGGUUACCUAGCAAACUGAGCACCUUUUACACUUGUGAAUAUUUCGACUUUCUAAAAACAUGUGAAAAAGGGCACAGCGUCUCCAACCACCUAAAGCUGUGCUGCGAUGUCAGACAAAAGAGAGAUUAGGUGGAAGAAGAUCUGCCUCUAAAAUAUGUUUGUGAUUUAAGUAGAAUAAGAAAUGCAUUCUUUGUAUUUGGGAUGGGGUGUACUUUUUUUUAGUGUCUAAGUCCAUGUUUUGGCUUUAGAUUUUAUAGACAGUCUUCACUUGAAUACCUCAUUUAUACCCCUUUCCUUCUUCUGCAUGCUUUCUCAUAUUUGUGUCUGUUUGGUGCUAUGUUUUAUAUAUUAUGCUUGAAAUGUGUAUUUUUAUUUGCACUGUAACUAUAUUACCUCUUGAUUUACCUGUUUUCUAAAGAUUAUGGGAUAUGACCUGCUUCCAUUCUGCUAUGUUUGAGGAGGUUCCAAUGCUAAAAGACGAUCUGGCAUUUUGAUGGAGGGAUAGAAUUCUAACCAUUUGAGUAGCUUGAUAGAACUUAAGCUGUUUGUUUGUAUUUUAACUGUUUGGGGUUGAAGAAAAGAAAGGCACUCUUUGUUUCCACAACUUACCAAUAAGUGCAUAUUUCUUUCCCUGAUACUCUAGAGCAAGUGUUAGUAUCUAAUAGUGCCAUGUAGGUAAGGAUUACGUAAGAGAUGCAUUUUCUAUUUUUAAAAUUUCGUUAAGUCGUCUCUGUGCUACAAUGGCGUAAACAACUUAAUAGCCACCCAGUAUAAAGGUUAAUUGAUGUUAAUAUUAUGCCCUUUUCUAAACAUAUAUGGGACUGUUAGGCUUUGCCAGCAAUUAGUCAAUCGACCAUUAUAAAAGUUGCGUACUUAUUUAAGUAGAAAAUGGGGUUCAUCAUUCUUCAGAAUUAGUAAUUAUUUUUUCAUUUUGUUACACUAGAAGUCUAACAGCUAUUGCAUUUUAAUUUUGAUGAGUUUGUCCCAUUAAGUUCUAUCAAGGUAUGGAUUCUGUUACUAAGAAAACUACUACCCAGUGCUGUUUUGGUUGCUAACAUUUACAUGUUAGCAUUGGUGUCUAUUGGCAUGUUUGUCAUUGUGCCAUUACAAAACUUGGUUUCCUUAGCAUUACCCCCUCAGUUGCAGAAGCAGCAAGCAGUUAAUUGUACCCAACACAUUUUUUUUAUUAGGGUUAAUUUGUUUUCCUUUUCUGCACACAUAGCCUUUGUAGUGUUUAGCAAUGUGUAAUUAUGUUUAUGGUCACUGUAUUACUAAUUCUGUCAUAGAACCUCUUAAACCAUUUGUAAUGUUUUUUGGUGGCUGGUGUUCAGGUAAAGCUGCCCCUAUACAUGAAUACUGGGGGUGGGGUGCAUUGACACUGCUAUACAAUCUAGAAAUAAUUAUCUGUUGAUCAGAAGAUAGCUUGGAUUUUGUUAGGAAGAACACUCUUCUGUCCUGUAAGAUAAUGUUUGUACAUUUGUUUCAUCCUUGGAAAUCUGCUGGAUGGAACUUGCACAGAGCAGCUUAUCCUUAUAUAUUGGUUGUCUGAGCAUAAUAUAAUGGGUUUGAUGAUUGCACAGCUCAGAUUUACACUGCAGACUGUUCAAAGAACUGACUGUAAAUUAAAAAAAAAUACAAUAAUUACUUAAAGUGAUAGUGACUUGUUUCUGUUAGGGGCAGGAAUUGUAUCAGUACUAAGGUUAAUUAAGGUUAGGCUAUUUGUUUUUUUCUAAUUGUCAACCCCCAGAUCAGUUUUACCUAAAGGGACUCUGAAAUGUUCACUUCAAAGCCUACAAAGAGCUAGUUUUAUCAGUCAAGCUGGACUGGUGGUGGCACAAUCCUCAUUAUAGUAUUGCAUACCUUUGUGCUCCAGACUGACACCGCUAUCUCUGUGGGUUGAUGAAUUAAGCAUAUGGGAAAGCAAGGAACUGGGCCUUUGGGGUGAUCUAGAAAGAAAUAAUGUUGUUUUUCUUUGGAAGUGAUGCUGAUACAAUACCAAGUCAUUGCUAGCAAUGUGUCUGUAUCACUUUAAAUGGUCUAUUAGAAAAAGUGUCCCCUUUUGUUGCAUGAUUUAUAUUUGCCAAUUUGGAUAUGAAAGAACUGGAAAUAUGGAUCCUCCUUUUCACCCAGGCUUUUGAGUAGUACAUUCCUCUAAUAUAAAAUGUUAGACGUAUUGACUUACAUUGCCAGCACCUUUAUCAAAUAUACAUUUUCAGCCAACAAUGGGGACAAUUUUUUUUUCAAAUCGAGCCAAUCCAUUUAGGGAUUUGUUCUAAAUGCUCUUUAUCUCCUUUUAAUCUGAUAUCUUUUUUUUUUUUUUUUUUCAGUGUAGGCCAGGUUCCAUUACUAGAAAGCUUUGUUUCAAAGGGCAAUGCCGCCUCCAUAUUAACUUUUGGUAUGGACUUUACAGUGGUAUUUGUAUUUUUUCUGCAGCUCUCAGGCUUCGGUUUUAAUUACAGGUGUGGGACCUGUUAUUCAGAAUGCUCGGUACCUGGGGUUUUCAUGAUAAGGGAACUUUCCAUAAUAUGGGUCUCCAUACCUUAAAGUGAUACUGACACCAAAAAAUUUCUUUUAAAAAUAUGAACCUACUUCCAAACCUACCUAUAGGUCAUGUUGACUGUUUUUUCCUAAAAGUUCUGUUUCUCUACAUAAAUCCUACUGAAGAUCCUGAACCUGACUCUCUGGCAGCCCGACUGUAGCUUCUCAAUCUGUGAAAAGGACUAAAAUCUGCAAAGUGAAAACACUUUGCAGAUUUAGUUUAUAAGUAAUUUAAAGCUGAUACAGAUUAAAACACAACAGCAGGUGUAAAAAAAAAAAAUAAUUGGCUGUCAGUAUCACUUUAAGUCUCCUAAAAAUCAUUUCCAAAUUAUAUAAACCCAAUAGGAUUGUUUUGCCUCCAAAAGGGAUUAUUAUCCGUUUGGAUAAUGUACACUAUGCAGAGAAAAAGGAAAUAUUUUUUACAAAUUAGAAUUAUUUGUUGCAAAUUGAGUCUAUUGGAGAUAACCUUCCUGUCAUUCAGAGAUUUCUGGAUAACAGAUUAUAUACCUAUGCUGUCUUAAGCCUAGUUAGGGCUUAAUUACACUAGCAACCGGGCAGCUUUGAAAUUGGAAUAGUAGAUGGCCUGACACCCAUUUUAAUUUUUUUCAGACUAAGAGGCAAAUUAUAGGAUCAACAUCUUCAAAUUGGUCCUUCUAUAAUGUACUAAAUGUUAGGUGAACUUCCCCUUUUAAGAUUUGUUGCUGCGAGGUGGUGCAAUGCAAGGUUAAACCCUUUGCACUCUUGUUAAGAAGCUGCCCCCUAAAGUUGUGACAUUUGGCAGGAAAUGUAUAUUGUAAAAUUUAUUCUUAAAUACCUUGGUUUUACAGUAACAUACGGAACAGCUGUAACUAUGCUGCAUACAUAUUGUGUAGCUAAUUAUUCUAGAUGUUAUUUUGCUCUAUUUCUUAUGUAGCACAAAUCACCAUUGCACUUGGUACCAUGCUUUACCUCAUUUCAGCAUAAAUAUAUGCGUAACGGAGAGGGUAUCCUGUCUUGCGGCUUAUGCUGCCAUUUGUAUUUGAAAAUAGGAGAAUUGUGAUGCCUGGAUUGUCAUUUGUUAAACACCAAACAGCAGUAUACCCUUUCAUUAAUGUUUUCAUUAAUGUGGCAUUUAUCAUUUAACAAAUCAUCUGAAUAUUGUUUGUUAGAUUACAAAGGGACACUAUCAUCCAAGUGAAAUGUUUGUGUUUGCAAGCCUUAUGUAACGGGCAAAGAAUGACUUACGUGUUUACAGUCUGUUUCUGCUUGCAUAGGAAGAAUCUUCUUGUGACAUCUACUUCCUUCUUGUCACAAAACUGCAGUCAUCUUGCAUUUAAAGACCUUUUUCAUAGAUGAUAUAAGAAUAAGACUGAGGGUUGCCAAAGCCGGCAGAACCAAAGUACCUCACGAUGUGUAAUUUAUUGUGAAAUGGCACAAUUUUCAUGCUGGAAACUGCACAACACUCACUAAAACUGUAAUCUAAAUGAGAUUCUGUGUGAUGAUGUUUCCCUUUAAAAAACCCCUUCCCCCUCCCAAACACACAUUACUAAAAUGACUGCUUUAACUGAGCCAAGAAAUUGCCAAACUAUUAAGAGAAUGGAGGCUGGAGAAUGCAGCACACUCUUAUAUCACUGAUUGCCUGUUACUAAGCUUUGUGAGUUAAAGGGUGAGCUGGAACCCCAAACACAUCAGGCCAAAUCCAUUUAGUCCUAGAGGCUCCUUGGCUUUCAGUUUAGGCAAGCCAUUUGCAGAUGCAUUCCCUAACCAACUUUUAUUAUUUUUAAAUGUGUUUUUAUGGAGUGGAGGGUGAAGGAGCUGUGGUUUGCAUAAUGGAUAUUUUUGUAUUUAUAGAAUUUUGCUUCGGAUGUCAUAUUUUUGGAAAGCAACACUUAAAUAAUUAAGAUAAUUUCGCCCGUUUAUUGCACUUCGCUGUUUCAUAAAGCACCUGUUUUAUAAAAUCCGCUUCUCCCAUUUACAAUUUCAGGACACCCCCAGGCUAUGCAUCCGUAUUUCAUAUUACAGUGGAAAAAAUCAAUUGGACUUGCAAAAAAUUGAUGAAAACUUUUAUUUUUUUGCAAGUUAAGGUCCUUGACAUUAGACACACUAUAAAUAUGGAUGGGUGACCGCAGACUGGCCACAUUGUUCAUGUGCACUCACGCGUUGCUGCUGCAGUAACCAGAUUGGAUGGAGUUUGGGAGCAAGAUGUGAGAAUCUGUAGGCAGUCCUAUUGUAAAUAGCUUAAUGUAAUGUGGGGAGAGGGAAUCGCAUAAAACUGAAAUGACAUUGUUAUUGGAGGACAUUAACUUGUCAGUGUCACAUGCUGCAGCCGUCUCAAGGGACUUUCAUACUGUAAUCCUGCUGCAGGAACCUGCAGUCUGCACCUUAUGGAUCACAAAUACCUUUAAUAGAAUUUUUGUAAUAAUUGUAGCUAAGUAUAUCACCAAUAAAGUUAUGUCUUGGUUGUUCAA